UCCUUUUGUGAUUUUAGCCAUUGCUUUUGCCAAUGGCUGGAUUAAGGUCCCUAUCAGAUGAUCAUGCUCAUUUUGUAUAAUAAUACACUCAUAAUUUCUUUUUCUUUUUUUUUGUCUUCUUCACUUUUGGUAUUUCAAUCUCCCUUUUCUUUUCUUAUUGUUUGUUUUUUAAUAAUGUCUUAUUCUUCUCCAUCACCUGCAUGUUGGAAUUAUAAUUGAUUAACAAAAGAUAAGCAAUUUAAAUAAAGUUUAAAUUGCUAAGUUUUGGAAGACAGGAAGAGAGUGAUGAAAUAGGCAUGUAAACAACAAAUUCAAUUUUUAUAACUCACUUGGGACCAUUUUUUUGUGCACUGUGCAAGCUUCUCUUCUUGAACCUUUAUUUUUGUAUCCAAUCCCUAUUUCAUAGACACACUAAACAAAUAAAAGGUCAUAGGUUACUAUAAUUAAAAAAAAUGCCAUGUGUGAGAGAAUGUUGACUGAUACCCAUCACUUAUGUCCAACAAUUUUGAAUUCUAGUAAUGUAGUUUUACAGUUUUACUGUGUUCUAAUUAUUGCAGUAUUUUGAUCAACAAAUUUGAGGUUCUUCGUUUGCAUAAUUUAAGUAGCAGUAGUUCUUAUUAAAGCCAUCCUAGUAAGUUGAGUAGUCAUUCAGGUGAAAAGUUACUGUCUUGGUUGGAUUUAUGAAAUAGCAAAAAGGGAAGAAAGAAAAAAGAAAAAAAGUUUGUUUUUGCUUUUUUUUUGGAGGAGAAUUGGCAUGUGAAUUUGACUGGUGAGCUCAGAGAUUGGCACAUGGCAUCUCUCAUUUCCAUGGUCUAUUGAUGUUUUUAAGAGAAUCAGUUGUAGAGAAGGACCACUGAUUAGUGUUGGGGAAACACAAAAAGGAUUGUUUUAAUUACACAAACAAAGAGAAAAGCUAUUAGAAACUGGCGAGGACUCUUUGAAACCUGGAAAGAGCCUUUCAGUUUACCGUAUUUGUAUCAGUCAUACAUUACUUUUAUAAACAUUUUCAAUGCUGUGGAAACAGAAAACCUAACCCUUUUUUAUCAGAACCAAGAAACCAGUUCAUCUACACAUGUUUCUUCAUAUUUAUUGACUGCAAAUCUAGUCCUUUCCUAUAUGCUUCUCUUUCUCUCUUCUGGAGCCUCCGCAAGAAUUUUUUAGAUUUUCUGGUAUGAGCUUUCACUCUAGUAAUCUUGGUUCAUUCUGACCAUUUUUCCUUGUACUAUAAAGUGUUGUAAAAAAGCAAUCUUUUUCUAUUCCUUUAGUUAAAAGGAUAUUGUCAGUCCCUUUAGUGUAAAUCAGUCCUCCAAAAGAUGGGUUGCUGUCUGUAUUUUUUGCAGUGCUCAAGAGCCUGGUUAGCUCUUCUUGUUCCAAUAUGUGCAGUGUUAUCAUCAUCCAGCCAUGGAUCUUUCUUUAUCCCAAUCACUUGCAUCCUCCUCUCAACUAUCUUCCUCUUCACAUUCUCCAAAAAAGCAGCAGCAAGUGAGGCAUCAUCAAAUCAAGAAAAGCACCAAUCUACACUGCAAGAAGAGCCUGCGGAGGCCGGGGAAGAAGAGGUGGUGUUGAUGGGGUCACAAGAUAUGUACUCAGAGAGUGAGAGCAUGGAACAGUUUUCAUCAAGUGAAGAUCACUCAUCUGAUAUAGAGCAGAGGCUGGACUGCUCGGAUGAGGAGAGCCUCAUUGAGAUAGCAAUCCCAAGUGGGCAGUUUGUGUGGAAUAAUGUUAAUUGCUGCAAAGAGUUUCACAAGGAUUUCUGGGCAGAGAUGAGUGAGAUCAAUGAAGAGGAUGAUAACUUGAUUGAGAUUGACAUCAAUAUUGGUUCCAUUAAGUGUUGAUGGAGCAAUCAAGGAUAUAUAUAUACCUCAUCUUGUGUUUUUUGAUCCAUUUGGAUUCAUUAGUUGAGGUUGUUGUCUAGGGUUUAGAGAGGGAGAGGGAGAGGGAGAGGGAGAGAGA